UAGAAAUAAAAUUAGGGAGCAAUAACCACUUUUAACCACCACCUUACUUUCUCUCUCUUCACCCAAGAAUCUCUCAAGUCUCCCUUUGAUCCCUUCUCACUUUCCAUUUCCUUCAUUCCCACUCUCUCUCUUGAGAGAAAAAGCCAAAAAAAAUAAUUGGGUUUUUGGAGAGAGAAACUCGAUUUUUUCGUCAUCUUCAUCAUCAUCAUAAUCGAAAUCACUGCAAAAACUUUUGUAGAAAAUCCGCCAUUUUUAUCUUGUAUUCAUUAUUACACGUUUUCUCUCUCCUCCGAUGCUUAACGUCGUUCCAUCUUCGAGCUUAUACAGAAGCAUAGGUGGAAUCUUCUUGUUCUUAAGCAGCGGUGGCGGCGGCGGCCAAAAUGGCGGUGGCGCUGCUGCUGUAGCUGUUGCUUUCACUGCCGUUGCUGGUAUCGCUGUAUUUGCCGCCAUUGCUUAUACUCGUAGGUAAACCAAUUACUCUAAUAAAACCUCCCCCAUUUUUUUGAUUUUUCUUUUUAAUUUGUGUAAUUUGAUUACUAUGAACCCUAGAUUUAGUUUGUGAUUUCUGUUUAAGAAGACCCUCAAAAAUUAAUUUGAUUUUUCUUUUCUAGGGGGAGGUUAGGGUUAGGGUUCGGUUAGAAAUUAGGGAAAUUUUCAGGAUUUUUGUAAAUUUAUAGUAGAUGAAAGCUCUAAGAAGAAGUCACACUUGUUCACCUUCUCCAUCUUCAUCGUCGAAAUCAUCCCCAUCAUCAUCUAAUUCGAUAAAACAUCAUUAUUCACUACCAUCAUCAUCAUCACCAUCAUCAUCGUCGCCGUUAUCGUCGUCUUGGGUUCAUUUGCGGUCAGCUUUAUUCGUUGUUGCUUCUUCCUCACCGGCAUCUUCUUCUUCCCAUCGUGGCCAUCUUAAGUCACCAUGGUCUCGCAAGAAAAGGAAACAUGCCCUCACACUACGACAAUGGAGAAAUUCAUUUACACCAGAUGGAAAGCUUCAUGAUGGUGGAAUAAAGCUUUUGAAGAAAGUUCGAAGUGGAGGUAUUGAUCCAAGCAUCAGAUCAGAGGUUUGGCCUUUCCUUCUUGGCGUCUAUGACUUGAAAAGUACCAAAGAAGAAAGAGAUGUUAUCAGAAACAAGAACAGAAAGGAGUAUGAAAAACUUAGGAGGCAGAGUCGACGACUAUUAAAACAAACUGAUGAGAAUUCAAGACUGAAUAGCAACGGGAGCAGUGAGAGUCCCUAUUCAGAACCCAGUUCACCUGCCUCAGAAGAUGUGGUCAGUGCUCGAGAGUCCCUAUCCAGUGAGAAGGGAAGUUCUGAUCUUGAGUUUUCAGAAAAUCAAUCUAGCUCAGUAUUGGAUAGGAGUAGUAGCUCCCGGCGAGUCACGAGUUCUAGUCCUUCUGUAAUCUGCAGCGAUUCAUCUGACAUGGGGUCAUCUGAAGAUGAACAAUUUGACGAAGCUUCUUCUCCUCUAUCUGACGAAGAGAAUGAUGUUGAUGUUGCUUCAAAGGGAGAUCUUUCCCCGCCUAAGACAAAUCCACAGUCUAAUGUCUGUCGAACUGAAGAUUUUGCCAGUUGGCAGCGUAUAAUUCGUCUUGAUGCUGUGCGGGCCAAUGCAGAAUGGACUCCCUAUUCUCCUUCCCAGGCUGCAGUAUCAGAAGACCGGGCAUGUCGUUCUGCUGAAGCUGUAGGUCUUAAAGACUAUGAUCACCUUGAGCCAUGCAGAAUUUACCAUGCUGCUCGAUUGGUAGCAAUACUUGAAGCCUAUGCCAUCUAUGACUCUGAAAUUGGUUACUGUCAAGGUAUGAGUGAUCUUCUUUCCCCGAUAAUCUCAGUAAUAGAGGAAGACCAUAUGGCAUUCUGGUGUUUUGUGGGGUUUAUGAAGAAGGCUCGGCAUAACUUCAGGCUCGAUGAGGUGGGAAUUCGUCGGCAACUUAAUACCGUGGCCAAAAUCAUAAAACACAAGGACUCACACCUUUAUAAACAUUUGGUAAAGCUCCAAGCAGAGGACUGUUUCUUUGUUUACAGGAUGGUGGUUGUUCUGUUUAGGAGGGAGCUGAAUUUUGAGCAGACACUUUGCUUGUGGGAGGUGAUGUGGGCUGAUCAAGCUGCACUUCGGGCCGGGGUUGGCAAAUCUGCGUGGCGUGUAAUAAGACAACGGGCCCCACCAACAGAGGAUUUGCUGCUGUAUGCCAUUGCUGCUUCUGUAUUGCAGAGAAGAAAACAGAUUAUAGAGAAGUACAGUAGUAUGGAUGAAAUAUUGAGGGAGUGUAAUAAUAUGGCUGGACAUCUUGAUAUUUGGAAACUCUUGGAUGGUGCACAUGAUCUGGUAAUGACUCUUCAUGAUAAAGUUGCUACAACCUAGCCUAGGGAUGCGUGCUUCAGCUCUCAUCGUUCUUCACAAUUUCGGCGUGAGCUGUUGUUAGUAGCCAAAUCAUACAGGUUCGUGCUUGAAACUUGUGAGCUUACGGCGAAUUUCCUAAAGGUCUCUCAACAUCUUGUGUAACUUGUUCUUUGAUCUUUCCAAUAUUUUCGAGGUGGUAAAAAAUAAAUUGUUCAAAUUUUCUGAUUAAGAAAUUUGCAAUUUAACUCUUUAGGCUCUUUUUUGUUUGAAGGAGAAUACAAUUGUAAAUUAGUUUUCCGUUGUUUGUUCGUUCGUUUUCAAGAGAAGGGAUAGUAAAUGGAAAUGAAAGGGGGUGGAUGGAUCAAUGGAGAAGUAUUUUUGUUUCA